AUGAAUAUAGUGGUUCCCUUCAUGUUUAAAUACGCCGUCGACAACCUCAACCAGAUGUCUGGAAAUGUGUUGAACCUGAGCAAUGCGCCAAAUACCGUCACAACUAUGGCAACGGCGGUUCUGAUUGGAUACGGCAUCUCGCGGGCCGGCUCUGCUUUGUUUAAUGAAGUUAGGAACGCAGUUUUUGGGAAAGUUGCCCAAAACUCCAUCCGAAGGAUAGCCAGGAAUGUCUUCCUCCACCUGCAUAACCUGGACCUGAGUUUCCACCUGAACCGACAGACAGGCGCCUUGUCCAAAGCCAUUGACCGGGGGACCAGAGGCAUCAGCUUCAUCCUCAGCGCCUUGGUCUUCAACCUGGGGCCCACCUUGUUCGAAGUGGGCCUCGUCAGCGGGAUUUUAUAUUACAAGUGUGGGGGUCCCUUUGCACUAAUCACCCUGGGGACACUCGGGACGUACAUAGCCUUCACGAUAGGAGUCACGCAAUGGAGGACUAAAUUUAGGAUAGAAAUGAACAAAGCCGAUAACGACGCAGGUAACGCUGCCAUCGACUCGCUGCUCAAUUAUGAAACUGUGAAGUAUUUCAAUAAUGAAAAGCACGAAGCCCAGAGGUAUGAUGGGUAUUUGAAGACCUACGAAAACGCUUCCCUGAAAACUACCUCCACCUUAGCUCUGCUGAACUUUGGACAGAACACCAUCUUCAGCAUUGGCUUGACUGCCGCCAUGGUCUUGGCCAGCCAGGGGAUUCUUGCAGGCAACCUCACCGUUGGCGACCUAGUGAUGGUGAAUGGGUUGCUGUUCCAGCUGUCGUUGCCCCUGAACUUCCUGGGGACGGUGUACAGGGAGACGAGGCAGGCCCUCAUUGACAUGAACACCUUGUUCACGCUGCUUAGCGUCGACACCAAAAUUAAAGAUAAAGAUCUGGCUCCAGCCCUGCAGAUCACGCCGCAGACGGCCACCAUCGCCUUCGAUAACGUGCAUUUUGAGUACCUUGAGGGGCAGAGGGUCCUCAAUGGCGUCUCUUUCGAAGUCCCCGCAGGAAAGAAAGUGGCCAUUGUCGGAGGAAGUGGCUCCGGGAAAAGCACGAUAGUAAGGUUGCUAUUCCGUUUCUAUGAACCCCAGAAAGGUGAGAUUUACGUCUCCGGCCAGAACAUACAGAACAUCAGCUUGGAAAGCCUCAGGAAGGCCAUCGGAGUCGUACCCCAGGACCCCGUCCUCUUCCACAACACCAUCUUCUACAACCUCUCCUAUGGCAACAUCAACGCUUCGGCCGAGGAGGUCUACGCGGUGGCCAAGCUGGCCGGCAUCCACGAGGCCAUUCUCAGGAUGCCCCACGGCUACGACACGCAGGUGGGCGAGCGGGGCCUGAAGCUGUCAGGAGGGGAAAAACAGAGAAUCGCCAUCGCCCGAGCCAUCCUGAAGAAUCCUGCCAUUAUUCUCUAUGAUGAAGCGACAUCAUCUUUAGAUUCAAUUACAGAAGAGCCUCCGGGGAAACUAGGUUUUCAUGAGGAGCCUCAAAAUGACAUGGAUAUUCCUCGCAUUUCUAUCUGGAAAGGCUCCAAAGCGGGUAAUAUUUCCAGCGGCCAAAGUUUCCUCAAACAGGGCCAAGUGGCGGAGCGUGGCAGGCACGUCGAUCUGUUGCGGCUCCCCGGCAGCCUCUACUACGAGAUGUGGCACACGCAGAGCAGCCGGAUGCUGAGCAGGGACCCCCAGGAGCGGUGGGAGGAGCGGGGCGGCCUCUCCUCCAAGGAGGAGGACCGCCGGAAGCUGCAGGAGGAGAUCAUCAACAGCGUCAAGGGCUGCGGGAACUGCUCCUGCUGAGGCGGGAGAUCCUCGUCGCGGCACACGUUUGCACUGAACCACCUUCUCGACGUCCUGCGGAAUGAACGAUGCAGUAUUUUAAGAGCCUUGUUUAUAGGCGGCUUCUCUGAGGAGCGCGAUUUCUCAAACCAAAGGACUUUGCAAGUAGCUCUCCGCUGCUCGACUGGAAGUAUCUUGGAAUAACCCGAUUAACCAAUGGACACUUCUUCCUCCCAGGAACACACAUCUCUCUCCCUGUCAUUUGACCAGAAUGACAGUGUGGAGGGGUUGAUCCUGGUGGGUUUGACAAAGGUGUUUUUCUACAUAUCCAUUUUAACCAGAGCUGGUUAAUUCAAGCGCGUGGGUGUCCUAACAGGGGAAACGAAACAGUUAUCCUUCUUAAAUAACUGUUGUGUUUGAAAGCUUUUAUAUCUCCUUUUGUAAAGAACGAGGGACACGAGAUCUCGAGCAGCGAAGGGAUUUUGGCCCAGUUUCUCAAGGCAGCUCCUCGUUUGCCCCAAAAAGUCAUUCACUUUCCGAGAACCGAAAUGAACAGGAGUGUGUACUCAAUGGGAACACCUCCAAAGGCAAAAUAAGACAGAUUAAUGCGUUCUCUGGCAUUUACAGAAAUAGGUAUGGGAAAGAUUCUGCCACAUUUUGAAAGAGAAUCCAGGAUAAUGUUCUUCACAAAAUCCAGGUUUCAGAGUUGGAAGAAGUCAAGCAAAAUUUGGGAUCCCCAUCAGUCUGUUGAAAGGCGUUGAUGAAGGAAAUGUAACUUGUUUGGAAAUGGAUAACACUGGAUUCGUAAAAUGAUUAAAAAUCACAACUUCAAGGA